AUGCCACAGGAUUCCAUGGAUAAGAAGGCUGGCCAUUUUUCGGCUCUUGACUUUUCAGCAAGUGAUUCAGGUGCACUCGAACUCGGCGCAGGAUCUAUGAUAGAUCAGUCUGAAGGGGUCUUCAAUAGAGGUGAUGGCGAUGUGAACUUUCGGACUGUCGGAUGGGUGCAGGCUGCCAUGAUCUUUCUAAAGAUCAUAUUUGCAACUGGAGUAUUAUCGAUCCCUUCUGUUAUGGUGGACGUCGGUGCCGUCCCUGGAUCCAUUAUCCUCCUCGGCUUCACAGUCCUAAAUGGAUAUAGCGCCAUAAUAACCGGAAACUUUCGAAAGCAGCAUCCUACAUGCCAUUCGAUCGCAGAUAUGGCAGGCGUCGUCGGAGGUGCUGUCCUUCAGGAACUCACUGGUGCUCUUUCAAUAAUCAGCUAUAUCAUUACUGCUUCAUCGGGCGUCAUUGGUGUCUCUGCCGCAGCCAACGCUCUCCCGAGUCACGCUGCGUGCACUCUUUGGUGGUAUCUGGUUGCCACAGUUGUAAUAUUCAUUAUCUCCAGUGUCCGCAAAUUCUCGCAGAUAGGCUGGCUAAGCUGGGUUGGGUUUGUUAGUGUUUUUGCUGCCGUCCUCGUGGUGGUAAUUGGCGUUACGCAACAAGAUCGUCCCUCCGCAGCACCGGCCACUGGAGACUUUGAUCUAGAAUUCAAGAUCGUCGGCCACCCGUCUUUCAUUGCUGGCGCUUCCGCUGCGAUUACCAUGUUUGUAUCCAGCGCUGCGACAUCGGCCUUUCUGCCAGUAAUGGCAGAGAUGAAGCAGCCCGAGGAUUAUAACAAAGCAGUUUACCUGAGCAUGAGUUUCGUUACAUCGUCCUACCUCGCGUUCACUCUGGUCUUAUAUUACUGGUGUGGCCAAUGGAUUGCAUCACCUUCUCUGGGGAGUGCGGGCCCGAUUAUCAAAAAGAUUGCAUACGGGAUUGCCUUGCCUGGACUCGCUGUCAGUGGCUGCCUCUAUAUCCAUGUGGCUGCUAAAUACCUCUUCGUUCGUAUCCUCCGAAACUCGAAACAUCUACAGAACAGCUCACCUGUCCACUGGGGCACGUGGCUGAGCUGCACAUGCAGCUGUUCAGUAUUUGCAUUUCUUCUUGCUUCUGCAAUCCCGAUAUUUACUUAUGUUCUUGCCUUGGUAGGCAGCAUCUGCUUCGCACCACUGACAAUUAGCCUGCCUGGUCUUUUAUGGGUUUACGAUAAUAAGAAUUCUUGGAAGGACGGUCCUUGCCGCAAGGCCAUCUUCACUUUUCAUAUUUUUCUUGUCAUUCUUGGUGUGUUUAUGACCGUGGGUGGGACAUACAGCGUUGUUUCCCAGAUCCGAAAUGCAUAUGCGGAUGGCAAGAUUGAUGCUGCCUUUUCGUGCGCGGAUAACAGUGGGACUGCCUAG